CACGGGAGCGGGCCGAGACCAGCGGGCGGGCCAAAGAGGGAGCAUGGCGUUCUUGGCGGUGCGCUUGGUGCUGUUGCUCCUGGCCGGGAACUUGACAGCCUCUUUGGACUCCUCGAGCUCUGAGUUCAGCGAGACUUCAGAAUACAGAACACCAAACUGCAAUCAAUAUAAAUUACCAGGAUGUCCCAGAGACUUUAACCCCGUGUGUGGAAGUGACAUGUCCACUUAUCCUAACGAGUGUACUCUGUGCGUGAAAAUCCGGGAAGAUGGUCAUGACAUUAAAAUAAUCCGGAGUGGACCGUGUUGAUGGAGCAGUUUAUAGAAGAGAACUUGGAGAAACCACCUUCAACAGUAUGCUAGAUGAAUUCCAUUUCCCCUUUUUCUCUUUCCUAUGUUCUUUUGCAUGGGAUUUGUUAGCCCACAUUUUCUGAGAGGAGGUGUGAAAGAGAGCUAUGUGGAGCAAAUGAUAAUUAAAACAAACACAAAAAAAAUCCUUGUUUCUCGGCUUUUGCCUCUUGAGUUAAGCUUAUUGCCCAGGUGACUUGUGC